GGGAAGGCUGGAGGCCGACUUACGCGUCACAUUCGUUUAUCAGAUCUAAGUUUGAGAGGGACAUUGUGAUUAUCGCUCAAUGUAGGUGUGCGAUGUGAGGGAGGGUAGAUUAGCAUAUGCAUAAGCAUACUUGAAAGCUGCGUCAUAUCGGGCCCGAGCUUUGGACUCAUAGUGGCGGGGCAAAGGACUGUUGUUAAUGGUGUGGUGUUAGCGAAACUAAAGAGCUAUUCUGCUCAUUCGCGCCGCUCGUUCAUUCCAAGAUUAAAGGGUACGCAAAAGCCGUCGAAUAUGCGUGCCUACACAUUUUUCCGGUUCCGCUAGCGCUUUGCUCUCCGAGGUAAACCUGUAGCGCAUAUUGGAACAGGGGAUGAACAACAACGACCGGAUCGCACUACUUGUGCAUCGACGAUACGUCAAGAAAGUCAAAUCUGCUUUGGAGCAGCAAAGCCUACUUGAUCAAGCUAUAAAGAUCACUUCGGAGGACACCCAUUUCAAAGAUAAAGAAGAUGGGACACGAGCGGGACCUCGAAUGGUAAUCCCAACCACCAUCCCAUCCAAUCGCGGAGAGCAUCACACAAAGAAACGCAAGCAGAAUGUGCCCCAGAAGGACGCUAUACUUGCGGAUCUCGGACUCGUGGAUCUCAAAAACGAGGUCUCAAUAUCAUCCCAUACUCUCAAGUCAUUAAGAGCAACCCCGACACCUCGGAACCCCGUCCACAAAGCUCUGAGGGAAGCGUUGAAGUCACUCCCGGACGCACUGUUUGUGUCCCUUAAAGUCUCAUGCGACGAACUCUUGUCCUCUUUUCCAGAUUCCUACACGAUCUAUAAACCUAUGCUUCUCUUACCCCAUAAUACCUUCGGUUCAGCACCUUGGAUCAAACUCCUUUGUUCUCAUCCGGCCGACUCGUCAAUUCUCCAGCCGGUAUGGAAGAAAGUAGCAGGAGCCGUAAGCGCUACUCAUAUAGCCAUCAACGCUGGCAUUCCUCUCGAAACGGGCACAUCUUCCCUCUGUGGCAGAAGGUCACCCGUCCCACCGAAAGACAAUAUCCUACGCAGCCCCGUGAACAUAGCGCCCCUAUACGGUGACUUCGGCCCAUUACCCACCCCGCAACUCCACUCGACACCCACGCGCACCGACUUCGACGAAGCCUUCUGGGUCUCCCACACGCAAAACGGUAUCCACCAAACCUGGGCCCCUCUCUACACCAUGUUCAGCCGCGGCAAUAUCCGCGAGAAAACACGUCUCCUCAAUCUACCCUCCGUUCUGGACUCUAUCCGCGCAGGUAAAGGCAAGAAUAAAUCAUCCUUCUCCAGCGACAAUGUCCACGACGCGUAUAAGGCUGGAUGCACUGCCGUAGAUCUCUACGCUGGGAUCGGAUACUUUGCGUUCUCGUACAAGGCCGGUGUUAGCAAAGUGCUGUGCUGGGAACUGAAUCCAUGGAGCAUUGAAGGAUUGAGGAGAGGUGCGGAAAGAAACGGCUGGACGACGCAGAUCUUUGCGGAUUAUCUAGAGGAGGAUGAGGCGGGGACGGAGUGGGCUAAUAAGGUCGAGGAUGCGGAUUUCUUGGUCUUCCAGCAGUCGAACGAGUAUGCCCUUAGCCCCAUUGUCGCACUCCACUCCUCUUCCAACUUCACUCUACCCCCAAUUCGACAUGUCAAUUGCGGCUUCCUCCCCUCAUCCCGGCUUUCCUGGCCCACCGCAAUUAAACUUAUAGAUGCCGACCUGGGCGGUUGGAUCCAUGCUCACGAGAACGUGGGUAUCCAUGACGUCGAACAAAGGAAGCAAGAAGUUGUCGCUGAGAUGCAGAAUUGCCUAGAUCAAUGGAAGGCGGAAGAGGGCAGCUGCGGGUCGUAUCGGAGACGGGUGCGGUGCGAGCAUGUCGAGAGGGUAAAGACGUAUGCGCCGGGCGUCCUUCAUGUGGUUUUUGACAUAAGGGUCGAUGGCCUGAGAGAUGUGGAGGACUCGCUAGCAUAGGUCUCUCGUGCAGCCAGGACGGGUGAUGAGAAGUGAAUGCCCUCGAGGCGUGCCGUGUCAAAUUAUACAUGGAACAAGAUAGACCUACGAUGACCCCAAAGCAUUCCACACGAUAUGUGCAGUCCGCCUGUUUUGGAAAGGCUGAGUA